GUGAGAGGUGAGGUAUACGUCAACUCCACGUCCGCCAGGGCAGUGUACGCAGAGAACUUGGAUGUUAUCUACUCGAAGCUGUGCUCCUCUGUGCUCCAUCCGCUUGCCUGCUCAUCUACCAUGGCUCAGAUGUUUGCAAUAGGUGCUGCAGCAGCUGCUAUUGGAAUAGCAGCAGCUGUGGAACGAGUCAAUCGGCCCCAAACACUUUAUGACGCAGCACGACGAGAUCACGUAUUGGCUCUUAAAGAACUUCUAAACCAGGGUCAUGAUCCAUUUAGACCUAAUAGAAAUGGAGAUACACCAUUGCACCUAGCUGCCUGCCAUGGUAGUGAAAAUGUCAUGAAUGAAUUGUUGAAAUAUUACCCAUCGCUGGCUUACACAAGAAAUGCAAAGCGGAAUACACCUUUAAUUGAAGCCGUUGAAGCUGGAAUUCCAAGAUCUGUUUAUUUGCUUAUAAAAUAUGAUAAAUCUGAGAUACAGAGGGCAAUAGCAGCGAGCAAUCAUCCCAGAGUCACUAAAGUUCUUCUGGAAGCUCUUGAAGAUAAUGGAGCAGCUAUGAUGUGCACAGCAGCUCAUAAUGGUCAGAUAAAUAAGUUGCUGAAAUUACUGGAGAGUGGUGCCUCACCCAAUCUCAGGGAUCAUGCAGGAUUGGCCCCAAUACAUCACGCUUCAGCGUCCGGCAAAGUCCAAUGUAUAGCAGUACUAAUAAAGUACAAAGCAUAUGUUCAUGCAAGAUGCAAAGCAGGUAACACCCCAUUGCACAUAGCAGCCCAGAACAAUCAACUGGAAUCUGCACGAAUUCUGCUUAAAGGGGGGGCAAGUCGUAUUCUUCUUAAUAACGUGGGACAAAUUCCCUAUGACAUACCAAGUUCUCCAAGCGUGGAAAAUUUGGUGAAACCAAAUCUUCUAUUUUUGCUCAUGAGAGCAUUUACUUCUUAAUGUCUUUCUCCUACCUUAUCCUUGCUUACAGACUUACAUGUGAAGAUAUAUCCCAAUAUUAAAAUAUUGUUUUAGACCUGCAAGUCUGUUAAUUCUGAGAAGCAAUGAAAAUGCUUACGGUUGAAACAAACUGUCCAUAUAUGUAUCUGUGGUUGAUAAAUAUUAUAAUUUCAAUAGGCCAUUCUGGCACUAUAUUCUCUACAAAAAAACAUCCUCCUUCCUCUAUGCUGAAGAAAUUAACCAACACCCUUUUGAAUAGGAAGGUAUUCAUCAUUUGUGAUUUUCUACAAAAGCUUCUUCUUCUUUGACACUUCAUUGCAAUUUGGUAAUUAUAUUCUUAAACGAGAUCUGUUUUAUCAAAAACUUGUGAGAGAUCAUCUCCUAGCUAGUAUUAUGAAUGAAUAAAAGUUUUGAUAUCAAUAUCAACCUGGAAAACAAUAGGGAAAAUUGCAAUUGUAAAAAUGCUCUGAAGAAUACACAAGGACCCUCAACAACCUAAACUUUGAAUCAUUUUGAUUUAACCCAUGUAGACUAUAGUUGGCUCAUUUGAAAGAAAAUAUCAAUAUUAUGCCUUAGGAAGAAAUAUUAGUAACAGAUAUUUUACCAUUUAUAAUAAGUAGUCUGAAUAGAAAUUGCUUGUCAUUUACUCAUAUUUGCAAUUUAUCUUACUUAUAACACCAGUGUCAUAUAUGAAGCUAACGCCACAAAAAUUGUCUAAUCCACAUUUUUAGUGAUUUGAAAUUAUUGUUUAAUCAAAUAUUAUAGUGCCAAAAAAGUAUCUAAAUGAUUUGUGUGUGUUUCUGUUAAAAUAAUAAUGUAAUUACAAAAUGGAAUGUUUUAGCACUGGAUGAAUUUCUAUUACAGUAUAGGCAAUAGUGGUUUAUUACUCAGCAAAUAAUAAUAAUAAUAAUAAUAAUAAUUUGUCACAUAAAUACAGCGUAAACCAUGUAUAACAAGUCAGAAUAUGAACAUAAUCAUACAAUGGGUUUGUCGGCUUCCGCGGCCGGAGUCAAUGUAUUCUUGGC